AUGUCUUUUAUCUAUCUAUAUAAACAUUUUUUUAAUCUAUCUAUCUAUCUAUCUAUCUAUCUAUCUAUCUAUCUAUAUGUCUUUUUAUUCAUAUCUAUCUAUCUAACAUUUUUUAAUUCCAAUCUAUCUAUCUAUCUAUCUAUAAUUAUGUCUUUUUUCAUUCAUCUAUCUAUCUAUCUAAAUCAUCUAUUUUUAAUUCAUAUCUAUCUAUCUAUCUAUCUAUCUAUCUAUCUAUCUAUUUUAUGUCUUUUUAUUCAUAUCUAUCUAUCUAAAUUUUUUUUGGUCUUCUAUCUAUCUAUCUAUCUAUCUAUCUUUGUAAGUAUGUCUUUUAUUCAUAUCUAUCUAUCUAAACAUUUUUUAAUUCCUAUCUAUCUAUCUAUCUAUCUAUCUAUCUAUCUAUCUAUCUUUUUAUUCAUAUCUAUCUAUCUAAACAUUUUAUAUCUAUCUAUCUAUCUAUCUAUCUAUAUAUCUUUUUUUUCAUAUCUUUUUAAUUCCUAUCUAUCUAUCUAUCUAUCUUUUAUGUCUUUUUAUCUAUCUAUCUAUCUAAACAUUUUUAAUUCCUAUCUAUCUAUCUAUCUAUCUAUCUAUCUUUUUAGUAUUAUGUCUUUUAUUCAUAUCUAUCUAUCUAAACAUUUUUUUUCCUAUCUAUCUAUCUAUCUAUCUAUCUAUCUAUCCUAUCUUUUUUUAUUCAUAUCUAUCUAUCAUUUUUUAAUUCCUAUCUAUUUUUAUUCAGUAUCUAUCUAUCUAUCUAACAUUUUUUUUUAUCUGUCUUUAUCUAUCUAUCUAUCUAUCUAUCUAUUUUUCUAUCUAUCUAUCUAUCUAUUUAUAUUUUAUAUAUCUAUCUAUCUAAACAUUUUUUAA